AUGACCUGCCCCAACUUCCAGAUCCUUUCAGCCCAAGAGCCAGAUGUGAUCUCUGGAGCAGCCAUUUUCUCCAACCAUUCCCUGAACGGGACAGGUGUGAUACCUCUCUCCUGCCAGAGUUUCCAGUGUUCAGGAGAGAGAUGUUACCAGGAUGAGGCCCAUGGCAACAAUUCCCAGCUCUGCCACAAUGCUUCACACUGUGAGCUCUACCGUCUCAACAGCACCAGCUACACAGCCCGAUGCAGUAGUGAUUGUGGAAGGGGCAAUGCCUCGGAGAUGUGCCUCCACAGCGGAAGGCUGGGCCUGGAGCUCUGCAUUAUGGAAUGUUGCAACUGGCCCAACUGCCUGCAGCUCAAUGCCACGGCAUACGGUGACAGGGCAUCCACCACCACCCCAGUUCCCACCACUCCCACCACCACCACCACCCCUGCACCACCCCGCAAUGGAAAGGUUUGCUCAAGCUUCACCUGCCAUGGAGAAGGCUGCUUCAAAGGGCAGAAGUCCUCAACCAGCUGCAUUGUGGGCCACGACUUCUGCGAGAUGAAAAAAACAGGCUCACAUUUUGUGGCAGGCUGUAGCCAAAGUUGCAAAACCAAGGGCCAUCCUUGCUCCCACAAAUCUACUGCCGCUUGCUACCAAGAGUGCUGCCAGGCUAUGCCCAAAACCAGCUGCCUGAAGCUGGAUGGGAAAGUGCACUUCAACAGGGCGAGCAGCCUGGCUUCGGCUUCUCUGUUCCAGCUCCUCACCUGGGCUGCACUGCUCAGUCUCAGCUGCUCCAUCUCCUUCUUGGUUGGGACCAACUGA